AUGCAGGACGAGCUGGACCAAUGGACGCUGCCGCGCGGGUAUAGUAUGCGAAUCGCCGGCGCGAAGGUAACGGGCAAGCGCAAGGUGCGGUGGGUGUGUUUCCGGGGCGGCGAGGCCCGGCACCACCGGGCGCCCGUGGACGAGGCGGUGGUGCGACAGGCCAAGGCGGAAGGGCGGCGCAAGCCGACGACGGACCGCGCCAGCAAGAAGUGCGGCUGCCUGUUCAAGUUCGAGGUCAUCGAAACGGUCAAGGACAGCGACGUUUGGGUGCUGCACUACCCCAACGAGGAGCAUAAGGUGCAUAAUCAUGGGCCGUCGGACACCACGAGUGACCCCCGCGCCCGGAAGCUGCCGGCCUACAUGUCGGCCGAGGUAGAUCGGUGGCUGCGGGACGGGUGGCUUGUGAGUAAAAUCCAGGAGGAGCUGCGCGGGAGGGGGUUUACAAAUGUGUUGAAUACCGAUCUGUACAAUCGGAAGCGGUUGUUGAAAAAAGAGGGCGGCCCCGGAGAGGAGGGGGGGUAA